AUGCUUCAACCUGCUAUCAGCGUUUUCUUCCCCAUUCUCUGCAUAAUUCAAAAGUACUACCAAGAUUAUCAACAAUUUGCAUGCAUGCGUGCAAUAUCUGUCAAAGAAGCCGCAUCAAAAAUGAUUCAUGAAACUCCUUUGAAAAAAGAGAGGUUGGAUUACAACGAAAAUUUCAUGUAUACCAUGCCAUCAGUGAAUUAUGGAGGCGCAAAAUUGUUUCCGCCACCAAUUUCUUGCUUGUCCCUGUUUAAUGAAGCCAGGCAUUUAAAUUACUAUAAACUUAACAUGAAUGAUGCCACCUUUUCUGAGGAAGAGGUGAUUCUUCUCGGCCGAGAUACCAUGUCCUGUUUAAGGCAUAAUAGCCACCAAAAAAUGUGGUUUCCCCGUCGACCAAGAGUUGAAGAGCAGCAGCACCAAGGAGGAGAUGAUGACGACGAUGACGACAGUAGUGAUGAUAGCAGUAGUAGUGAGAGUGACUACUACUACACCACCUCUGAUGAAGAUUUGGAUGAUGAUGAUGAUGGUAGUGACUUAGAGAAUCCAGAUCAUGAUGGUGAUGAGUCAAUUGACAACAAUAACAACAACAACAACGAGCAUUAUGGGAAUGGUGGUGAUUACAGUGGCAACCUUGAGGAGGAGGAGGAGGCUAUAAAUGAUAUUGGUGAUGAUAGAGAGGGGAACGCAAAUAAUGAAGGGGGCAAUGAGAACAGCAACAACAAUAAUACUAGUUAA